AUGGUACCUCAUACCAACAGCAACUGUAGAUUGAAGAAGUAUAUAAUAUGCCGGGUCUUCCAUCAUGAAAGCCCACUGCUUAAUCAAGCACUCGAUCAAAACCUCAGACAGCAGCACUCAUCAACCCCAACACCAUAA